AGCUGUUAAGGAUACGGUAGUGCAUUUACUGAGCUGUUCCACCGACAACAGACUUUUGUGCCUCACAAACAGUUCCUUAAUGAGAUCGUAAUUGCGAUCGGAGAGUUUUCUUUUCUCAUUCUUUUAAUUACCAUCUACCGUACUUAGACCUCUGAUAAUAAUUAUUCCACUUUUUAAUCCGCAACCGCAAUUAUGGAAAGCGCAUCAGCGAAUCCAUAUGAGCACUACAACCGCAACUCUAUUGAGGAGGACCUCAUUGAUCCAGAUGAUGCUGGCUUGAAUGAUUUGGAUGACCCGCUCGCUCCUCCAACGUCAUCUGACCGUGAGCCAUUGACUGGCAACAUUCAAUCGUCCUCCAACGGCCCAAUCUCUCAAUCUUACUUAACAUCGUCGAUCCCGGGCGAAGACCGUCGCGCACCUACAAACACAAUAGACGAAAGUGUAUGGCAGACUUUAUCACGAGAUCUAUUAGCCGUUUGGGAGAAGAUGAGACAGGUGCUUUGGCCGAAAUAUCUCCUCGGGGGUUUAUUGCAGAGAGGCGGUGGCAUCGGCGGCGCAGAGAGAGGAGAAGGAGGCAGCUUAGCAGGUGGUGUUAGAGGGCUUGCUGGCAGAUGGCCAGACGCCGAUGUUGUGCUUCAAGGUGGCAUGAGUGAGGGCCUCCGGGACUGGGAUCUAUGGGGUCCCCUCGUAUUUUGCUUGUUACUUAGCUUGCUAUUGUCCAUGACUGCGUCGAAGGAACAAAAGUCGCUGGUGUUCUCCGGAGUGUUUGCCAUGGUCUGGAUAGGUGAAGCUGUCGUGACGCUUCAGAUCAAGCUCCUCGGCGGCAACAUCUCGUUCUUCCAGUCCGUGUGCAUCAUUGGCUAUACGCUAUUUCCACUGGUGAUUGCUGCAAUGCUGAGCGCGCUCCACCUCAUUACCAUUGCGAGAAUACCAGUGUAUAUUGUUCUCGUCUUAUGGUCUCUGGCUGCCGGUGUCAGCAUUCUUGGCGGCUCCGGGGUAGUUCGAAACCGUGUAGGCAUUGCCGUCUACCCGUUACUCGUCUUCUACGUGGGCCUCGGCUGCCUUUGCUUUAUUAGCUAGUGCUAUGCUCGUUGUCUGACCUCCGCGAAGCUGUGGCAUUUCUUUUCGUGUUUCAAUGGGGCUUCCAAGGAAUGCCCCAUCUCGGACCAGUAGCUCUUCUCCAGUUUAUGCAUAUUUUAGUUCGUUCACAUGCUCGGCAUCUAUUUUACAUGGACCGCUGCUUCGUGGACAAUCAUCUUAUCAACUAUACCAAG